AUGAAGACACUCACGGUGAUCCAAUCCAUUCGUGGCCUCCUCAUCGGAGAUCAUCGCCGGAGCCGCCACGCCGUUCCCAAGAUCAAGUCCGUUCCCGCCCUCGCUGCCGUCCUCUGCUUCGCUGGUGCCACGUUGUCGGUUCUUUUUCUCGGCCGCCCCUUCCAAUGGUGGUCGCCCUCGCCCACGCCCAUCUCCUCCUCCCUCAGCGCCGGCGGCGCCGGCGCCGCCUGCGACCCCACGCUAGGCCGGUGGGUGCGCGACCCCACCGCGCGGCCGCACUACACCAACGCGACGUGCGCGUUCAUCGAGGGCUACCAGAACUGCUUGAAGCACGGCAAGCCAAGCGUGGAGUUCCUGCGGUGGCGGUGGCAGCCAGAGCCAGACGGUGGCUGCGGCGAGCUGGAGCGCUUCGACGCGGCUCGGUUCUUCAGGCUCGUCCGGGGCAGGUCGAUCCUCUUCGUCGGGGACUCCCUGGCCAGCAGCCACGUCCGGUCGCUCGUGUGCACCUUGUCGCAGGUGGAGUCCCCGUCGAGGUCGUCGCGCUCGGCGGAGGGAUUCGAGUACUGGCGGUUCCCGGCGCACGCGUUCACGGUCGCCUUCUUCUGGACGCCGUUCCAGGUGCGGUGGCGCCUGACGCGGGGGCCGCCCGAGGCGGUCGGGCCCGACCGGCAGGGCGAGGUGUUCGCUGGCCCCAGCGACCUCCACCUCGACGAGCCCGACGGGCGGUGGACGGCGGCCGCCAAGGACCACGACUACGUGGUCGUGUCCGCGUCGCACUGGUUCGCGCGUCCUGCCGUGUACUACAGCGGCGGCCAGGUCGUCGGGUGCCACCGCUGCGACAUGGCUAACGUCACCGCGCUCACGCCGCAGUACGCGCAGCGGGCCGCGUUCCGCACCGUGCUCUGGGCGCUAGCCGGCGGGAUGGAGGGGUUCAAGGGGACCGCCGUCCUGCGGACGGUGGCGCCGACGCACUACGAGAACGGCGGGUGGUUCGACGGCGGGGAGUGCACCGCCACGCGGCCGGCCGACCCCGAGGACCCGCCGCUGGAGAUGGCGGAGCCGGAGCGCGACUUCUACGCGGCGCAGGUGGAGGAGUUCGCGGCGGCGGCGGAGGACGCGAGGAGGAACGGCGUGCGGCUGAGGGUGAUGGACGUGACCAAGAUGAUGCUGCGCCGCCCGGACGGGCACCCUGACAGGUACGGCCACGGCCCCGGCGACCACGAAGGCUUCGACAUCGACUGCCUGCACUGGUGCCUGCCGGGACCGAUCGACGUGUGGAACGAGCUGCUGCUUCAGAUCCUGGCCGGCCGUUAUUAG